GCUGGAGGCAGCCUUGCUGUAGCGGUUGCUGUGCUGCCUCGGUGCGCGAGGCGUCCCGCGAAGGGGCGACUCCCAUCCUCUCCGCCAGCCAUUCCUUCGCAGACACCCUCUCCUGCCCCGGCUCUCUCCCUGGCGGCGGCAGGGGACCUUGGUAGAGACGGCAGAAAUCCGCUUUCCUGUCCCUCUGCUCCUCUCUCAGCCUUCCGAAUUGCUGCUGGCGCGUUGUUGCUAUCCCCCACCUUCCCUUUUUAUUUUUUUGCAAGAGGGGGAGGUUAAGAGCAGGAAAGAAAAUGCAGCCCUGCUGCUGCUAAUGCAAUGGGAACUGAUUAGCAGAGUGGAAGCGGAGACGGCGCUGCUGCUGCGACUCUGAGCCGAGGGAAGCUUUCCGGAAUCGACGCGUCUCCGUGGCCCCCGUUUGCCCCUCUUUCUGCCACCCGAAGCUGCAGCCGUCUCAAGCGUUCAGCCUGCUUGGCGGAGCCCGAGCGCGACCUAAAUGGUGGAGGCGAUAGUGGAGUUUGACUACAAAGCUCAGCAUGAGGAUGAGCUGACGAUCGCAGUUGGUGACAUAAUCACCAAUAUCCGAAAAGAGGAUGGAGGCUGGUGGGAAGGACAGCUCAAAGGCAGAAGAGGUUUGUUCCCUGACAACUUUGUAAGAGAAAUAAAAAAAGAUGUGAAAAAAGAAAGUCUUGCCAGCAAAGCAUCAGAAAAGUCUAUACAUGAAGUUUCCAAUGGAAGCCCUUUACUGUUGUCUGAGACAAUUAUUAGAUCCUCCAGAAAAGGUGAUCGAAAUAGGCGGAGAAGAUGUCAAGUGGCUUUCAGUUAUAUGCCUCAGAAUGAAGAUGAGCUGGAGUUAAAAGUUGGAGACAUCAUUGAGGUGGUAGGAGAAGUAGAAGAGGGCUGGUGGGAAGGAAUUCUCAAUGGAAAGACAGGCAUGUUUCCUUCCAACUUCAUAAAGGAACUCUCAGAAUCUGUUGAUAUUGGAACAGUUCAAGAGGAGCAACUAAUAAAACCAAGAAAAUCUGCCUUUGAAGGUACAAUUCUGUAUAAAGUGGCACCAACCAAGAUUGACAGCUACAGACGCUAUAACAGCUUAAGAGAUACUGCAGGCUCAGAAAGUGAUGGUGGUGACUCAAGCAGCACGAAAUCAGAAGGAGCCAAUGGGGCAGCAACAAUCCAGCCAAAAAAAGUCAAGGGAAUUGGUUUUGGUGACAUUUUCAAGGACAAACCUAUAAAACUACGCCCAAGAUCAAUAGAAGUAGACAAUGACUUUCUACCUGUUGAAAAGACAGUUGGAAAAAGAAUAGCUACAGCUACAAUUCAAGAGCCGACAAAAAUAGAAUUGGACAGCAGAACAAAGAUAAAGGAGUAUUGCAAAGUAAUAUUUCCAUAUGAAGCACAGAAUGAAGAUGAACUAACAAUCAAAGAAGGUGAUAUUGUCACUCUUAUCAAUAAGGAUUGCAUCGAUGCUGGCUGGUGGGAAGGAGAGCUCAGUGGAAAACGAGGAGUUUUUCCAGAUAAUUUUGUUAAGCUUCUUCAUUCUGAUUUUGAAAAGGAGCGACCUAAGAAACCACCGCCUCCAUCAGCUCCAGCCAUCAAACAAGGAUUAGCUGUAACUGACAGAAAGCAUGAAAUCAAAAAGGUACCUCCCGAAAGACCAGAAUGUCUUCCUCAUCGGACAGAAGAAAAAGAAAGACCAGAGAGAGAUCAAAAACUGUUAGAUUUACAGAAGCCUUCUGUUCCUGCAAUACCACCGAAGAAACCUCGACCACCGAAAACAAACUCUUUGAACAGGCCUGGUACGUUGCCUCCAAGAAGACCUGAAAGACCAGUUGUGCCUGUAACCCAUACAAGGAGUGAUAUUCCAAAAGUAGACAUAGUGGGUUGUACGCUAUCCAGCACCUUAGAGAAGGACUCCACAGAAAGAAGCAAUGACAUUGAUUUGGAAGGGUUUGAUUCUGUAAUACCUGUUGCUGAGAAGCUGAGCCACCCAACAACUACCAGACCAAAAGCUACGGGCAGAAGACCACCAUCUCAGUCGUUUACAUCUUCUUCACUUUCAAGUCCUGACUUUUUUGAUUCACCAAGUCCUGAAGAUGAGAAAGAAGAACACAUUUCCCUUCCACACAAAGUAGUUGAACCACUGAAGAAAGCAAAGACUGUUACAAUAUCUCUAGUAUCUGAUAACAAAGCUUCACUGCCCACCAAGCCAGGGAGCUUGAUAAGUGGUAGCAGUGUUCCAUCUUCAUUAUCAUCCUCAUCUUCAUCAGCAUUUCACUCAGUAGGAACAGCAGCUCAUAGGUCAAACUCCCCAUCCUUGUUCAAUGCUGAAGGAAAGCCAAAGACUGAUCACUCUAGCCAAGGUGAAUCAGCUUUGGAAGAGCUGAAAACACAAGUCAAGGAGCUACGAACUAUCAUUGAAACAAUGAAAGAUCAGCAGAAAAAAGAAAUUAAACAGUUGCUGUCUGAAUUAGAUGAAGAAAAGAAGAUCCGGCUACGAUUACAGAUGGAGGUUAACGAUAUAAAGAAAGCUCUUCAAUCAAAGUGAAUAUUUGAUGGAUGGAAUUCUGCAUUAUUCAUUCUGAUGCAGACUUGGAUUUAUGCCCCAGAUAAAAUAACUUUGUGCCAAAUGGCUUAUGAUCUGCCUCUACACAUCCCUUUGUUUGAACAACUAGCACAAACAUUUUGAUAGCACAACGCAAGUUCCAGUGAAGAGGGAAAAUUACAGCUGGUUGGUUAUGGCACUGGUUUUAACUGAAAUUAUUCUUACUGUGCUAAAAUCUCUACUUAAUGUUCACAAACAAACUGAAAACUCAGGCAGUUUAGUUCAUAGUGGUACUAUUUUAAUGAAAUUUUCCAUAAGUAAUAUGUACUUCAGGUUUAUCAGUUUACAAGUUUUAUGAUUUUGACUUUUUAAAUUGUCUUUUGUCACAAAUUCUUAAAAUGUUUGUACUGCAUAUAUAUAGAAAAGAAUGUUGACAUUUGGGUGAGGGGCUGUUUUGUUUUUGCGUGCUCUCUUUUUCUUUGCUUUUCAUACAGCAGCCUUUUGUGUUGUUGUUUUAAAUACUAUUACAUAUGCAAUCUUAUGUCCAAAAAUUAUCUACAAAUUGAAUCUUAACGUUUGUGUACAAAAUAGUGUAUUUAAAAAGGAGAAAAAAUGAAUCUGGUCUUAACAAUGAUUUGUGCCUUCUUUUGCCAAACACUGAUUGCAGCUGGUUGUAGGCCAGAUCGUAGUAAUGUAGCUAUCACAGUGAGGCCUGGAAGUCCACUAGAGGUCACUCUUUCAAUAUAUUAGCUGUUUGCUCAAUGCAGAGAGGCAGACGCUGUUUGCGAAGGUUGUGUAACAGCUACAUCAGGUUGAAGGAGCUUUAUUUCAGCAGCUAUAGCUUUUUUUAUUCAACUGAUUCACCUCUGCUUGAUUUCAUUCAAAUACCUAAACACCUGCUUUCAUCUUCAGCUUUGCACAUCUUGGGUGAACGGAAUAUGCAUAAUAUAAGAGUAAAAAUGAAUAAAAUAUAAAUCAACAAGAGAGAGUUGUAUUAUUUCAUGCACAGAAUGUUGUGCAGUAUUAACUUGAUGUUUAAUGUCAAUUGCCACAUUCUAUUGUGAGCUUGCUAAUGGUUGGAAAGGGGUGAUUUUGUUAUAAUGGCACCCUGGCGGCUGGGCUCUCUUUCCUAGAGUUACAGAAAAGCGAUGUUUACUUUUGGCAUUAGUAGGCAGAGAGGAUUUUUUCGUAUUUUGAUGGUAAUAGACUGUGUGUGAGAGAAAGGGAGUGUGUGUAUUUGUGUGUGCACGCAUGAGCAUUACAAGAACAGCUCAUGAGAAAAAACUGUAGCUGAAUUUUCUAUUUUCAUAAUAGAUUUCAUUAAGCCUUCUGGGGCAGUUUGACAUACACGUGAUGCUGAAUCAUCCACUUACUGCUGUGGCAUGUUAAGAAUACAGCAGGGGUUUUGCACAGCUCUGUGGUCUGAGCUAUUAUGUUUACAUUAAAUAUCACACAGUGGAUCUGUUUAUCAUGCCAAGAGUGACUAGUUACCAUCUCUCUACAAAUCUGAGAACUGAAGGUUUAUUUCCUUGGCUUUUUAGUCCCUUUUACAAUUGGCUAGAAGAGUUGCAACUUGAUAACAGUAAUAUGAUUUAUAAGAUACCUGCAUAAAAGAUGUACUUGAAAUUUAGUUUUCAAUCAGAAUUUUUGCAUAUAUUUCUCAUUUGUUACCAAGAAACUCUACUUAAGUAUUUUGUCACUGUGAUACCUCUAAGAUGUUAAAACAUUACCAUCUUGAUAAGUAUCUUUUAUAUAUUUUAAGCAUGAAAGCUACUUCAUGAAAUUGACUCCUUGAUCUUUGCAGCAUCUGUAUGUAGACAGAUCGGUAUUAUUUUUUAUCUAACAAAAAAUUUCUAAUUCCCAGUACGAAACUUCGCAAGUACUAAGGACACUGUUAUCAUAUAUUAUGAUCUGGUUUUGCAAUAACAUUGUGACAUUAUUGCAGGGAAAUAUGAUGGCCCAAAAGUUUAGGAUUGGAGCCAAAAGUGAGGCUCUGGAUGUGUACCUAAGAUGCCAAAGAUCUGUGGGUUUUGGCAUGUGAACUUGGCUGCUCUAAACUGGCAUGCUAAUUUGAAUGUCACUGCAAAUAAAUUCUUUUAACAAGCACUUGUAUGAAUGGUAGGGAUUGCCAUGCAUUCCAAACUGAAGACAUCUUUGUGAAAAAAUAAUAUGCAAAGUUGUCAUGAGAGAGAGAGCAUUUCCAAUCCACUUACAGAAGGUACUUCCAUACGUUACUAGGGCUGCAUAGCUGGAGUAACAUCUAUAGGCAGAAAGCACAUCAGGCAAAUUUAUAUGGUUCCUUUCCACACCAGCAUUGCUCUUUUUUGGGAAAAAGUGAGGAAGUGCUGCUAGUGAGGAAGGCAGCACAUCAUCUGCCUGGCUGCUGUGCGCUCUGUAGAUAAACGUGACAUGACCGUUGGAAGUGGUUUCCAUGACACAACUGCCAUGUAUUAAUUGAGUGUGAAUCUUUGGUUGAAAUAGAAUAUGGACCAGUGUUUCCUACAGAAGCUUUCUAGUUCUCUUACAGUUUUCUAGCAAUAAAGGUUUAUAGCUACUAACUUCAAAAUUUGAGGAAUUCAGCAAGUGAACAAGUAGUGUGUAUAUAUUUGAAAUUGCAGGACAGCAUUGUGGAUUUCUGAUUUCACUCAGUGGAAAAACUGUGAACGAGUAUCGUAUGAGUAUUCUUAGACAAGGCCUUGAAAUGUUGCGAUAUAGUUCUAAAAUGUUAUUUAAAAAACUCUGACAUAAAAUCAGGGUCUCUAAUCUUUUCCCUCCUGUUAAGAUGGUAAAUUGUCAUUUUAUAAAACUUGUACUGAGGAGUCCACCUAUUUGUGAUUUGUAAUAUAAGAUUAAAUGAGAUUUUGUGGAAGUA